CAACACAGUACCGUCCCAUACUCGAAUUCGACUGCAGUUCUAGAUCUCACAAUCACAGCCUCAAAACCCUCAGAUUAGUUUCCUUCUCUCGUGUCAAAUUAGUUCCCUACUAACUUUCCUCUCCGUUUGAAUCGGUUAGCCAUGGCCGAAUCAGCGUCGAAGGUCAUUCACAUCCGGAAUGUGCCAUCUGAAGCCACUGAGGUCGACGUGCAGCAGCUGGCGCAGAACUUCGGUCCGGUACAGAGGGUUGUCGUCAUGAGAGCCAAGAAUCAGGCCCUCAUUGAGAUGCAGGACAUUGCUGCUGCGAUCAACAUGAUUCAGUUCUACACUGGCGUGCAGGCCUCCAUCAAGGGGAGGAAUGUGUACUGCCAGUUCUCCUCUCAUCAGGUCCUCACGCCUAACGAGAACCCGGCCAGGACGCACCAGGAGGGAGCCCCUAACCGCAUAAUCCUAGUCACUAUCCACAACCCGCUCUAUCCCAUCAACGUGGAUGUGCUCCACCAAGUCUUUUCUCCCCAUGGCUUUGUUGAGAAGAUCGUCACUUUCCAGAAAGCUGCUGGUCUGCAGGCGCUGGUGCAGUACAACAACCAGGCGAGCUCCAUCCAGGCCAAGAACAACCUGCAGGGCCGCAACAUCUACGACGGCUGCUGCACGCUCGACAUCCAGUUCUCCAAUCUGAGCGAGCUGCAGGUGCACUACAACAACGAGCGCACCAGGGACUACGUCAACCAACUCCCGGACCAGCCCGGGAAGGCGCCCGGAAACAUCAUGCAGCAAUCUCUGUUCGGCGAGGGUGGGAACGUGUAUGGCGGCAUUCCUGGGCAACGGCCCGGGGUGUUCCCCGGACAGAUGGGGCAGAUGGGUCAGAUGGGGCAAAUGGGCCAGAUGGGCCAACCUGGCAUGCCCCAGCCUGGCAUGGGCGGGCUCAAUGCGUAUGGGGGCGCGACUAUGGCUGCAGCAGCUGCGGCACAGAUGUUUGGAGGCAACCUGCCGCCUGGCGUGACAGGAACCAACGACCGCUGCACGCUGCUCAUCUCUAACAUCAACCACGAGGUGGUUGACGCGGACAAGCUGUUCAACCUGGUGUCCAACUACGGCAACGUGCUGCGCAUCAAGUUCCUCCACAACAAGCCCGACCACGCCCUCGUGCAGCUCGCCGACGGGCUGCAGGGAGAGCUUGCCGUGACGUACCUCAAGGGUGCCACGGUGUUUGGCAAACGGCUGGAGGUGAAUUACUCCAAGUACCCGUCCAUCAACCCCUCGGCCGACACCAAGGACUACUCCACCUCCAACCUCAACCGCUUUGGCCGCAACGCGCCCAAGAACUACCGGCACUGCUGCGCGCCCACGCGCAUGCUGCACUGCAGCAACCUGCCUGCCGACGCCACCGCCGAGAUGGUUGUGGAGCACAUGGCCCCGCAUGGGCCCGUGCUGGGGUCCAAGGUGAUUGAUAAGGAUGGCAAGAAGCAGGUGCUGGUGCUGUUUGAGAGCGUUGAGGCGGCGACUGAUGCUCUCGUGGCGAAGCAUGCGAGCGCGAUUGGGGGACAGGUUAUCCGGCUGGCCUUUUCCAAGAGCCAGAAUCUCUAGAUUAAGGGAGGGGUUGUAGGGCAGGGAUGGUUAACUCAUGGUUGUGGAGCAGAUGGCACCGCACGGGCUGGUGCUGGGGCUGAAGGUGAUUGAUAAGGACUGCAAGCAGGUGCUGGUGCUGUUGGAGAGCUUUGAGGCGGCCAUGGAUACGCCCGAGACGAAGCAUGCGAGGGCGAUUUGGUCUAAGAGCCUUUAAGAGCCAGAACCUGUAGGGUGGAUCGAGUGUGUGCUAGGGCGAAAGCUAGGCCGGGGAUGGUAGUUCUUCAGCCCUGGAAUGCGUUUUGAUUUGAUCAGUUUGGUCAGUGAUUCUUGCCCUGAUUUAAUCAGAUAGAAGAAACAGCUUAUUUCACA